UUUUGACAAUAGGCCAGGCCAAGAAAUAUGCGCUGGUUGCUAAACGCACUUGAAAGCCUAACCCAAACGACGAGUAAAAAAAUGCAAUUGUUGCGUGAAACGAAGUCCAUGCGUACGCCUAGCAAGAAUAAUACAGCAGCCAAUGCAGAAAAGCAAAAACUUCAACGCGAACCCAAGGAGCAGCCACCAGAACUGAUCGAAAAAACAUUACGCUGGGGCAUUGCAUCUCUUGGCCAUUUAGCUGACGACUUUGUCGCCGCUUUAAAUGUGCUGCCCCCAGGACAACAUUGCAUCAGCUCCUGCUUGUCCGCCCAGCGAUCCCAGGCGUAUAGCUUUGCGCUUAAGCACAAUGUCCCGAAUGUCUAUACGAGCUUUGAGCAACUAGCGCGCUGUCCACAUGUGGAUAUCGUUUAUAUAUGUCCGCAAGGCUUGAGGCACUGCGAACUUUGCCAUUUGAUGCUCAAUCAUGACAAGCACGUGCUCUGCGAGCCGCCGCUUGCCUCGACUGAGCUCAGGGUGGCCGAGUUGGGCCAGAAGGCGCAGUCGCGUGGGUUGUUCCUAAUGGAAGGCAUCUGGUCACGCUGUCUGCCCGCCUAUCAUUAUUUGCGACGCCAGAUAACCAGCAAGAGAUUGGGCAACAUUUGCAUGGUCUACUGCACGCUCGGACUGCAUGAUCAGCUGCUUAGCAAGAAUUUAACAACGGCGGGCAUACAGCUGGCGUUGUGGGUCUAUCGCGAGGUGCCCACGCUGGUGCGAGUGAGCAACAAACUGCGUGACCACAAGGAUGUGCUGGCGCAGGUGGAUUUAUUUUUCAAUCGCAGUCGACGCGCGCGUUUGAUUCUCAGCGCCGAGCCGCAGCGCAAGAGCACCGCGCAUAUCUACGGCACCAAGGACAGCAUUACGCUGCAUGACUUUCAUAGUCCCACGCAGCUGAGCUGCCAGCAUACGGAUGUGGAGUUCGUCUCGCCGCAGUCAAAUCAGCGCACCCAUUACCUGAAUCGCAUCAACAUGUGCUAUGAAUUGCAGCAAGUGCGCAACUGCAUCCAUCAGGGUCAGCCGCAGUCUGAGCUGUUUAGUCAUAGCGAGAGUCAACUGUUGGCGCACUUGUUGAAUCAAGUACAAGAGCUGCUGGGCAUUAGCUUUGAAGAAAUUGAUGCUAAGCUAAGUGUGGCGCAGUUGCCAAAAGCGGCACAGGCGCUUGGCCUAAACCAAUUGGGCUUAACUCGCAAGCAGGUGAAAAGGUUACAAAGAAUGCCAUCGUGGAUCUGGUAAUUCAUAGUUAAUUAAUUAAUGUGCAUAUUGAAUAGUUGCAAUAGUCGUAUACACAACACUUUAAAUACUAAAUCUAAAUUGCUGUUAAAUAAUUAAAUGAAUUAUCAGCUGCAAAAUAAAUGAUGUGAGCAAAGUUAAUGU